AGUAUUCGUCGCGCGUUUAACUCAAACGGAUGCACAUAACGGUUCAAUCAUCUGUACAUCAAAUUAUUUCUGCGCUUCUGGUUUUUUUUUGCUUGGAUUCAGUUUGUAUUGUAUACAAAACUAAGACCAACAAAAAAUCAUCAUAUUAAGUAUUAUCGAAUGAGAAUAAAAUCGAAAAAAAAAUCGGAAUCUCAUGCCGUGAAUUUGGAAAAUAAUAUUUGAACGAAUAAAACGGAAAAUUAAAUUAUACCAAGUCCAGUUAAGUGAUUGUUGGCUCUGUGUUUGGCUGCAUAAAUCCAUCUGUAAUAGUUGCAACAGUUGGAAAAUAAAGUCAAAGUGUUUGAAAAAUUGAAGGCGUUCUUGUUUCAUUUUCUGCUGAUCAUUGCGGGAAAACGGUUUGAAUUGUCAACGUGUCCAUUUGCUGUUUUUUGUUUUUCAAAUCAUCCGUUUAGAAUGGCAAAGAAAUUUUUUCAAAGGACUGUCGGUUGUUAUUAUGUUUGCGCACAGAAAGUAAAUUAAAAACGCUGGGAGAACUUUUGAGCAGAAAAAAAAACCGAGUAUAUUUCGAACAACAAGGACAACACACAGAAUAUCAUUCGGUGGAACACAUAAAUACAUUGAGUCAGCAAAAUUUUAUUUUGUCAGUCUCUAGUUCACCUUCAGUGUCGAAAUCCCAGGGAUUCGAAUCAACUUUUUAAUUUGAAAGGACGAUUUGAAAGAAUCGUAACGUUAACUAGCCGAUUAUUGGUCGUUCAAUGCCAGCGCGAAGGGGGCUUUUAGCGCCCCAAAACACUUUUUUGGAUACAAUCGCAACACGAUUUGAUGGAACACAUUCAAAUUUUGUUCUUGGAAAUGCGCAAGUGUCCGGCUAUCCAAUCGUCUACUGCUCCGAUGGAUUCGUUGAGCUUUCGGGCUUUAGCCGAGCCCAAAUUAUGCAAAAAGGAUGUGCGUGCCGCUUCCUGUACGGGCCCGAAACUAAGGAUGAUCACAAAUCACAAAUUGAAAAGAGUUUAGAUGGAAAAAUUGAACUGAAAUUAGAAGUGAUAUUUUAUAAAAAGAACGGUACUCCAUUUUGGUGUCUAUUGGAUAUUGUGCCGAUCAAAAAUGAAAAACGCGAAGUGGUGCUCUUCUUGGCCUCACACAAAGACAUCACCCACACAAAAAUGUCAGAAAUGUCAAUAUCGGACGAAUGUGAUAGUGUGUUUGCACUCUCAGCCGCAUUGCUCGGUGCGCGGUUUAGGUCGAAUGAUUCAGGAUUGUUGGGUGCAUCCGGUGGUGAGGAUGGAUGCAAUCCGAAUUUUGAAGUACCUGCUGGUGUUAAUAUGGGACGAAGGCGAUCGAGAGCUGUUCUCUAUCAACUGUCCGGCCACUACAAACCGGAAAAGAUAAAAACCAAAUUGAAAUUGAAUAAUAAUCUGUUGCAUUCAACGGAUGCCCCGUUGCCCGAAUAUAAAACACAAGCGUUGAAAAAAUCACGCUUCAUUUUAUCACAUUAUGGAGUAUUCAAAGGUUGUUGGGAUUGGCUUAUUCUGGUAGCUACGUUUUAUGUGGCUGUUGCUGUACCAUACAACGCUGCUUUUGUGACGACGAAUCGUCUAACUAUGCCAUCAGAUGUUAUGGUAGAAGCCUUAUUUAUCGUAGAUAUUUUAUUAAAUUUCCGGACAACGUUCGUGUCGUGCAAAGGCGAAGUUGUAUCGGAUUCAAAAGCUAUUGCUCUGAACUAUUUGCGCGGAUGGUUUGUAGUCGAUUUGUUGGCGGCGCUUCCAUUUGAUCAUCUGUAUGCUAGUGACUUGUAUAGCGGUGAGCAAGAAUCGCAUAUACACUUGUUGAAAAUGACGCGUUUGCUACGGUUGGCGCGACUGUUACAAAAAAUGGAUCGAUAUUCCCAAUACGCUGCCAUGAUUCUGACACUGUUGAUGCUUUGCUUUUCACUUGUUGCACAUUGGCUCGCCUGUAUUUGGUAUGUAAUCGCAGAAAAAAGCCAAAUCGACAACGACAUCGACUGGGAUAUUGGCUGGAUGCAUACGCUUGCAGAACGAUUGAAAAUACCCGUUAGCAAUAUAACGCACAGCGAAGCAUAUGUCACAGCAUUGUACUACACAUUUACUAGUUUAACGUCGGUGGGUUUUGGUAAUGUUUCGGCCAAUACCAAAACCGAAAAAGUUUUCACCAUCGUGAUGAUGCUGAUCGGAGCUCUAAUGCAUGCCGUGGUAUUCGGUAAUGUGACGGCCAUUAUACAACGCAUGUAUGCGCGACGGUCUCAAUACCAUAGCAAAUGGCGUGACUUGAAGGAUUUCGUUGUGCUGCAUCAAAUGCCCAACGAGCUCAAGCAACGCAUGCAAGACUACUUUCAAACAAUGUGGUCACUGAAUCACGGCAUCGAUGUUUAUGAGAUCCUGAAAGAAUUUCCGGAGGAGCUGCGUGGCGAUAUUUCAAUGCACUUACAUCGUGAAAUUUUACAACUUCCAAUAUUUGAGUCUGCAUCACAAGGCUGCUUGAAACUACUUUCGCUUCACAUAAAGGCGAACUUUUGUGCACCUGGAGAGUACUUGAUUCAUCGAGGGGAUGCCUUAAACUACAUCUACUAUAUUUUCAACGGAUCAAUGGAAGUGAUGCAAAACAAUAUGGUCGUCGCCAUUUUGGGUAAAGGCGAUUUGGUGGGUUGUGAUAUAUCACAGCAUUUGGUGACCUGUUCGAAUGGACAAGGUGGUGAGGGACGGCAUGGAGCAGGUGGUUCACAGGAUCAUGUAAUUGUGAAGAGCAGCAGUGAUGUUAAGGCACUUACAUAUUGCGAUCUAAAAUGUAUACACUUAGGCGGUUUGGUCGAAGUUCUGAGGCUGUACCCCGAGUAUCAACAAGAAUUUGCCAACGAUAUCAAACAUGAUUUAACAUUCAAUAUGCGUGAGGGCUAUGAAAACGAAGCGGAAUCCGAUAUCGGACCAUCGAUGGUGUUGCCGUCAAUCAGCGAAGAUGAUGAAAAUCAAUCAGAUGCUGAAUCAAAGCAUACACCUUCACCCAGCAAAAGUUUAAUUAGGUCACCAUUGCACGGCUCACCAAGUCCAAGGCAUGGAAAAAUUUUGCAAAGGGGUAAAUCUUUGGCAACACUACGUGAACGUGUCGAACGUCAACGUUCUGUGACGUCAUCAGCCAAUCAUGGCACCGAAUCAAAUUCAUUGGAAGGUCUGAAUCUCGAACGUGGCGAUACCGGCUAUAAAGCGCGAGCUGUUGAACAACUUGAUAAUCAAGUUAGUUCGUUGCACCAGGACGUGGCUGCACUCAGCGUUGAGGUUCGUAAUGCUAUCCAUGCAUUACAAGAAAUUACAACGUAUUCGACGCUUGCAUCUCAGGUGGAUUUGGGCGUUGGUCGAUUCCCAACGGGCCGUUCAAUACCGAAUUUACCGAAUGAGACACGUGUCACUGCCAAGAGUACGGAUUCAUAUGCAUUGGCACGCAGCACAUCACAGCCGGCUGAAACAUGGAGCCGAGAUUUGAUUAUCGACUCAUCACUGGCUGAAAGCCAUUACAAUGAUAAUUCAGAUACAGUGAAAUCGAUAAAGAUCGGUGUAUCAAUUGCAACACAAACGGAUACGAAAACGGAUUUGCCCGCUAUUGAAAAGUUUAUCAUACAAAAUCCACGUUUGGUGCUGAAUAUUUUGGGUAUCAUUGAGCCAACAUAUCACAUUGAAUGUGAAUUACAACCGCAAACAUUAAUUUCGAUACCCGAAGCCGAUGGAAGUUCACCAGAAGCAAUCAGUCCGCCGGAUAAUCAAAAGCGUUUUGCAUUCGGUAUGAGUAAUCCAAUAUCACAGUCGUCAACUGCUUGGAGUUCACCACACAAUAGCAAUAAUAAAAAUAUUGACCAUUGCCGAUCGACCGAUGCACUUUUGCCCACUUCAUCCGACGAUUGUCUACUGCAUUCCAAUGAGAAUCUAACAGCAGCAGCAGCAACAACAAUAACAACGACGACGACCGUACAUGCAACGGCAAUUAGUGAAAAUGAAAGUGCUAGUUAUAGCAUUGUCAGGGAAGGUAGUAUAAAAUCAAAACAGCAUCGAAACCCUGCACCGCCCGACUGUUCGCGGUCAAACAGUGCAACAAGUAUAUCGUCAAACAGUAGCUUGAACACACCACCGAAAUGUAUGAGCGAACGAAUACAGCCGAUGCCAUCCAUCAGUGGUCACAAGCGCAGAAGUUCACGCAAAGAAAAGCAUAACGGUAGCAGCAGCUGCAGCAGUAGCAGUAGCAGUAGUGGUGGCACCAGCAGCAGCAAUAGUCGAAACUCAUUGGGUGCAUACGGUGAAAAAAUGUUGCCUUCGGUAAAUUUUAUGAAAAACGAUGACGAUACGGCCAAUUAUGAUGAGCUCAAUGAGAAAUGUGCGUUGCUGUGCAAUGAUGUGCGCAAAAAUAGCAUCAACCGUGCAUCAAUUACCGAUUUGCAAAAGCGAAACCAUUUAAUGCCACGGCCACCGUUCAACCAUCGAUUCUCGGCCGGUGAUGCCGACAAACUGGAACGUGGCAUUAAAAAUAUACCAUCAACUAGAUCAUUAAAAGAUAGCUGAAUUGAUAAUUAAUAAAAGCCGUUCGCUUCUUCUUCUUCUUUUUUUUCUCUAUUCUCUAUCUCAAUCACUCUCGCUGCAUGGUGAACUAAUAUAAGUGUAGAAAGCCGGAAAGACUAGACGUAAGUAAAUUAUGACACAUAUUUGAUCGAAAACUUCAUUAAAAUUCUCAAUGGAUUGAGAUGGAAAAACAAGAAGAGAACAACAAAGAAAACAAAUUGGUGAUAGGAAUUAAGUUUGUAUAGCGUUGAAUGGGACAGAGUUCAAAAUAACGAUUAUGUGAUGCAAAACCAUUGACUAUUUAACAAAUAGACAAAGAUUAAAUUUAUUGGUAGAACAUUUUUCUUUUUUUUUGGUUUGAUUUUUGGUAAUCAUUAAUAUGGUAGAAUUCAUGUUUAAACGGAAAAUAACAAUAACUUUAUUGACAAUUGUGAACAGCUGUACAGAAGCAAUGUAUAAAAUUUUAUUGAAUGUUAAAAAAAAACCCAUUGGAGCUUUAAGACUUGAUGGAAAAAAAAGACAUUUUUACAGGUUAUAUCCACAAUGAAACCUGAACGUUCUCGAAAUUUUGAUAAUUUGGCAGAACGAAAGUUUCGAAUCUCUUGAAUAAAA